UGAGCGUGGAGAAGGAGGUGGGCUGUUUUCCUGCGUUCAGCGAGUGAAGCGCACUGUACGAGAAGGUGGAACAGACUUCGACCAGCGACAUCCACGACAACCAUUGAGAACUGAUCAAAAAGAGACAGCAUUGGGACCAUGGACCUGAGCUUGCAUGACGCUCUCACGGAUGGGGUGCCCCAGUCGGGCCCGGACAACCCGGUGAGGAGGGACUUCAUGGCUUCCCUGGAGAAAGAGACCUUUGAUGACAAAGUGGGCGAGACUGUGGGAAAGACUGACUACCGCCCUCUGCUGGACGGGAAGGAUGGAAAAGGCUCCAGUAUGAUGCCAGGAGGACAGAUGGGGACGGGGAUGCAGCGGCAGGAACCAAUGGGAGAGAAGCGUCCCUGUCAAACUGGACAACAGUCUGCCUUCAAUGCUGACUACCUUUCAGGCCCAGUGUCUAGUAUGAUGGGAAUGUCUGGUGAUCAGUGGGGGAACCAGAACAAAGGAAUGAAGGACAGCAACAUGCCAGACUCUCUCAUGGAAGUUUGGACAAACCCAAACCCCUGGGCAGGGGGUCAAUCCAGGCUGCAGGCCUCAGAGGGUCUCCCCCUCUCCUCCAGCAACUCAGUGGAGGAGAGCCCCAACUCCGACCCCCUCAGCCCCUAUGGCUUCCACAGCCAGGAGACCGGCUCUGGGGACGAGAGGGGGAGUGAAGGGGUCAACAGCAGCAGCAAGCAGCAGAAGAGGAAGAAGAAGAAAAGGAGGUCCAGGGAGGAGGUGUAUGACUUCAUGGACAGGCAGGAGGCUCCGGAUGCAAAUGAGGAGGAGGGCGAGACAGAGAGCGGAGCCUCGGACGUCCCUUUGAGCCCGUCCUCCCCGAGCAAGGAGGAGAGCUGGGAGUGUGAGAUCCGAGGGAGGGGUGGGGGUAGGAUCAGGGGCAGGAAGAAUAAGAGCAGGAUGAAGCUCCCAGAGGAGUGGGGGCCAACACCCCAGGAGCCAACGACACCCCAUGCCACCCCAGCCUCGGUGGCCCUGGAGUCUGCAAGGAUCACUGCCUCCGGUCCCUUAAGUUCAACCCUGGAGAACAUCUCCUCCCUCAUAGCCGGCCCCCAGACUAACCCUUUUAGCAGUUUUAUAGAGGACACCAAACUCUCUCACACCCCCACUGCCCCAUCCCUCACUGAGAACCCCAAACCCAGUCACAUUCUCACCACAGACCCUGCCCUUACAGACACUUUUACUAGUAACCUAAACAUGUUUGAGCAACCUCCCCCUGCCAAGGUCAGCAUGGACUGGGAGGCUGAGGCUCCCAUUAAAAACACUGCCUCGGCUGCCCUCCAUUAUGAACCCAUGUGUGUUGAUGACUUUAAAAUAGCCAAUAAAGAUGUCCUACCCCCCAAGAAGGAUGAGGCAGCUCUGUCUUUCACUGACAAAGCCUCCUCUGAUCGUGGCCGUCCUGAGGCCAUGUCGUCUACUUGUGACCAGAAGCAGCUGGGCCCUCAGAGCUCCCCAGGUCUCAGCCCCCAGGUCUCACAGACCUUCUCCUUCCUAGACUCUGUCCUGCAGACCCCCCAAGCCAUCACUCCUGCUUCACAGCCCCAAUGCCAGACCACCACACCCCAGGGCCCUCCUCCAAACACCACCACCUCCUCCUCUUUCCAGAGCACUCCUCCUCCCCUGUUUAGCCACUCCUCCCAGCCUGAUCACGACUCUCCCAGUCCCCGCCCUGCAGUGGGCUCAGGCCUGCCCUUUAUCCCCACCGCACUGCCACUCACAGAGCACCAGGAGCCACCGCUGCCAGAGCCCCCCCUGCUGGAAGUUAAAGCAGAAAAUAAGGACAAACAAGAGAAGGCAGAUUUCUUCCCGAAGACGGAUAACUUGAACAUGUUUGAGAAGACAGAGAAAGAAGAUCAAUCUAAGAAAGUCGACAAUGCUGAUAAGACCUCCAAAUCUGAGAAGAUCCUCAAAGAUGAAGAAAAGUUCCAUAUGACGGAGAAAAGUGAUACAAAUGAAAAAGUGGACAAGCCAGAGAAGACAAACAAAGAUGAGAAGAUGGAGAAGAAAGAAAAUGGGGAGAAAACUGACAAGAUGGUCAAAGCUGAAAAUAACGAAAAGGCUGGGAAAGCUACUGCAAAGUCCCCAACAACCAACGGAAGCAAGCAGGACCUCACCAGCCCAGACAGUAAGGCCAAGCCUGCUGUUGGGUCAACCAAACCAAACUCUGCCAAAACACGGCCCACCUCUUUGUCCACUGGGGACGCAGCUGGCCCCCCAAAACGUUCCUCCCCCACCUCAAGCUCUGCCAAUAAAAAAAAAACUGUUACCAAGGCAACCACUCCCACUGCUUGCACCAAGCAGCCAACGGCCGCUGCCAGUCAAACCCCUACAGCCACCAAGUCCAAGACUCCGGAAAAUGGUCCUCCUGUGCCAAAGGCCAAUGGCACGGCCAAUAAGAACGGUUCCUCUACAACUGCCACUACUAAACCUGCUGGUCCACACCCCUCUGCUAGUGCCCCCUCUAUGCGCCGCAACACAGUUCCCAAGACUGAUAUCAAGCCAGGUGAUGUGAAGAAGCCUAGUACGCUGAAGACAACACCAAGUAACAACAACCAACCUACACAAUCUAACCCAACCAAGCCCAGGGUACCUCGCACCUCCGCCACUGCUCCGAGCACUCCUGCCACCAAUGGGGAGCAGCCUCGCCGACGCAUCACCAAACCCCCAGUGCCCAAGCAGACUGCUAUGGAGAGGAAACCACCUGUACCCAGAGCACCUAGGACUCCCAGGCCCAUCAACGCACCCCUGCCGGACCUGAAGAAUGUGCGCUCCAAGAUCGGCUCCACAGACAACAUGAAGUACCAGCCUACCGGCGGCAAGGUCUCCUCGGCGGGGGCUUCCCAAUCCAAAGACGGCCCGGGCAAAGUUAUGAUAGUCCACAAAAAACUGGACUUCAGCCAUAUCACCUCUCGCUGUGGCUCCAAGGAUAAUAUCAAGCAUGUCCCUGGUGGAGGGAAUGUCCAGAUUCAGCAUAAGAAGGUGGACUUGAGCAAAGUGACCUCCAAGUGUGGCUCUAAGGACAACAUCAAGCACAAACCAGGUCUGUCCACUACAGGGGGUGGAGAUGUGAAGAUUGAGGCUAAGGCCAAUGGUAAUGGUAAUGGCAAGCCCAAGGUGGAGACAAUGGACAAUAUUGGCCUUGAGGCAGGGGAUGGACAAAUCAAGGCUGGGGGGAUGCCAGAGAAAGCUGCGGGGAAAACAUCUCCCCCUGGUGGAGCUCCAGCUACAGGUGCAGGAAGCAUGGCUAAGGAGAACGGGCAUAAGGAGGCCACGCCUCAACCUAAUCCCUUUGGGGGUGACGGGCUGCGGGACCCGAUAGGCAGGGGCAUGGACAAACACAUCCCUGAGACAAAUUGAGUCUUACAAGCUGAGCUUUCGCGAGAACGCACGGGCUCGCACCACCAACGGCGCCGACCUUAUCUCCUGGCCCACCCCGAUUGGCAGCCACCCCUCACCCCCAUCGCAGCACCUCUCUCUGUGUUUCUCUGGGGUCCGCCAGCUUCCUCCUCCACUCCCUCCAGCUCCGACCCAGCCCCUCGUCACCCAGCCAUUUGGCAGGAGGACAAAUACUGAAUGCUAACAGGACAAGGACUUCUUUAGCACAUUCCAACUUACUCCUUUUACCUCACUAUUCAGUAUCGUAUCACUACUCUCUAUCCUCGUGGAAGUAUUCAAGUAUAGAGACCACAGAGUUCAGACAGAUAGAGCAAGGUCUUACUGUACAGUGGGGUUUGGUCUCUUCUGUAUUGCUCUGGCUUAACUUGCUGUGAUAUAAGUGGUGUAGUAUGACCUCAGAGUGAACCUUCUAGAAUCUAGACCCUCAGUGUUCUGUUAUAGUUAUGUCAGCGCAGAGUGAAACUUAUUAUACUGCCUGCUUCUUUUGUUCCAGCCUAUAUGCACUGUUCUUAUACGUACAGUACUGUAGUGCAGUGCAACCUUGAUCAAAAUCACAAACACCUACAGUGUCGCACUGUAUAUUAGUAUGACUUUUUCGUCAUAGACUAUCACAAUGAGCCACUGCUAUCUAUGUGACAAACCUUAGAUGUAAAACCUUCCUUACCGUACCUAACUCUCUGGAUGAGCAUACCCUCCCCUGUACUGUAGGGAUCCCAGACUUCACUUGUGGCGUUAUACAGUACAUUAUGGCGAUUAGUGAAGCACCCCUUAUUGUGAGCAUGUGGGACUGUCAUGUCAUCCCAAUGAACAGCGGCUAAUAUGCCACCUCCUCAGUUAAUCAAUUCAGUAUGUCUAGAUAACCUUCUGUAAACCUGUGACCCCACCCACAACCCUCAACAAUAAGAAACAAGUAGGCUGUUACAAACAGUAGGACAUUUAACAUCUCUUUAAAAAAAACUCUGUAUUGUGUUUUCGUAAAUUAUUGUAACAAUGAGCUGAUGUGUCGUUAUGUUGUUUCAUCAUCAAUAUACCCUUUCCCUCUUACUGUUACAUCUCUCUGAAAGCAAUACAGUGAGUGGUCUCUGCUGAGGAUACAACUUCCUCUUACACACCCGUCCCCGCACAUGUAAACUUCAGUACGGUACAGUCAGAAAGAGAGAGAGAGAGAGAGAGAAAAACCCUCUUAGGAUCUGUGCACAGAGACUGGAUGCCUGGGGCAGGACAUAAUAGUAAGCAGGAGGCAGCAAAUGAAGUGAGGAAAGGCCUAUGAUUGCACCAGGGGAGUGGAGAUACUCCAACGACGAUCAAGUCUCUGUAGUGUUGGCCAAAUCGUUGGGACAGGGAAGACGAAUAGAGAGCCAUGUUGAAGGAAAGCAAGAUUUAGAUAGAUAGAUAUUUUUAUGAUAACAAUAUUAUCAUAAAAACCCAAUUACAAUUUUAAGUCAAUAUCAAGAGAAGUUUGUGAAGGACAAAGACUGUCAUAAAUUGAUCUCCAAUGUAACAAUUGUACAUUUUAAUUAUUCUCAACUAAUCCACUGUUAAAUAUUAAUUGAUUUGAAUGGCUGCUUAUGCUACUGGUUCCACUGUGAAUAGUGACAUUAUUGUGUAACAAUAGGGCACAAUUGCUUAAUCAAGCUACAUUAAAAAAAAAUAUAUAUAUAAGCGAAUUACUCUGAUUAACUUGCUGUCGGUUUUGUAAAGAGGUUGGCGGGUGGAAUUGUAUUACAUUACAUGACGAUGAAUUAGGAUCCAGUGUGUGUGUAGUAGUUGAACGAUCUUUGGGAUGGUCUCAUUUUGUGAUCAACAUUUAGACGUCUGUGGAGUCUGUCUGCAGAUUUGUGGUACGUUGCUGGAUCAAGGUCGAGGGCACCCCAUUGCCUUUAAAAUACUGGUAGUUUGGCUCUUAGAGUAAGACAAUUGCAGUUCCUUUUGGAGACAUCCAUCACACUACUCCAAGAGGGAUAAUGGUCACAGAUAUGAAUGUGUAAUUGUGCCUUGUAGAUUCUCAAGGCUGAACUGUAACAGGUGUACAGUUCCCAAAAAAGUAUAUUUGUGUCCCACCCUAAAACACUUUUACUUUGAUUUAUUUUGUUGUACUGUAAUGAUAUGAUGCUGCUUGAUGUCGGUAAGGCGUAAUUUGAAUCUAUUUGAGUGUGUGCACUGCAGUGGAGGAAAUAAUAGUGAUCAUCAAUGGCAGAGAUAAUCAAAGAGCAAGUGAUCAAAUUAUCGAGAAUGAAAGCAAAAGCCCCUUAUGAUAUUUAUAAGGUAUUCUUUCCCCCAACAUUCCCAUGGUUAGUUCAAAAAAUUUAAAGAAAUGAAUUGUUCCUGAAGAACAAGUCUUACAAUGAUGAAAGCAGAUGAAAGCACUUUGAAUGCACAGUGGCAUGUACAUUUCAUGUUUGAGCUCUACAGUAUGUUUGAGUGAACCGUUGCCAUGAUUGGAUGAACAGAUGUGUCUUUUAGUCUCCUUGGUGGUAACCUUGCUCACUGGUCACGUUAGUGGACUUUGGUGUCAGGCUUUGGGUCAAUGGUCACUCACGCUCAGUCUGUUCUCGUUGUGCCUGUUAGGCAUCACAUUUAUGAACACUCACCUUUCCAACACUUAACUACUGCUUGCACCACCACCCUUCCACCAGUCUUCACACAUUCGUUUGUAUAUAGACAUCCACAUGUUUUUAUCAUCACAGGAAAAAAAGGUAUUGAUAUUAGGGUCUUUAUGGAUGUUGAGAAAUGUCUUUCACGUUCAUGAACCCAUUUCCGGAGAGUGUUUUCUUUCUGGAGUCUGCCUUUUUUCAGAAAGGGCUGAAGUACAAGAAUGUUUUUACAAUUUAAUAUAUUAAAGAUGCAAGAUAUGAAUAUAAUAUGUAUGAACUUUUUGUUUUGUUGUAAAAAUCACAAUAAGACACUUAUACUCAAUCUAAAUUUGACUGACACUAGGAAGUGUGUGUCGAGUCCAGUAUGGGGACAGCAGCAGACUGUGAAUAUCUUAAGCAUUCAGCGAUGGUUAGCAUCUCAAUGGUUGGUCUAGGUGUGCUUUUACCCACUCCAAGUGGAUAAACUGAUAUUUGCUUGAAUAAAUUAACACUUUUAUCUGCCUCUUACACUUAGACUUACUAUAUGUAAAAAAUCUACAAGGAAAAAAGAAUCAUCCGAUUUAAUGCUUAUUGUUCCAAAUGUUUUGUGUCACUGGUGAGCUUAUCGAGUGCUCAACUUUAAUCAUGAACCAGGCAUUGUGAGGAUAGGUCGAAGGUCAAGCUCCCACAUGCGGCACCUGACACACAUAGCCCUUGAAUGUCGCCCAGACAUCCCUCCCCCACCCCCCUUGUGAGACUAACAGUAACUGUCUUUUGGCAUGUGUUAUGUAGCGUGCUUCUGUAAAGCACCAAGGAGCCCAUAGCUGUGCUUCUUCUUAGAGCACACCUACAGUGUGUAUUAUUCUCCAUAGUGCACACCAUAAGAGCAUGCAGAAGACAAUGGAUUGUAAACAUCUGUCAUAGAUAGGAGGAGUUCAUUGUUUCCCUUCCGAUUUGAGAUGUAAUGUAAUUUGGUAUGAAAGAGAUGUUCAUUGUGAUUCAUUGUUAACUAGUGAUGUGAAUAUUAAUCAUGAAAUAAAAGACAAGCAAAACA